AUAAUUUAUGACAGAAAACUGAGAUAGUUAUGAGGAGUACACGAUGUAGUAGACCUGUAGUAGACUAGUACUGUAGUAGACUGUAGACAGUGUGGUGGACUGUAGAGGAAAUGAGAAUCCUAUGAUCACAUGUGUUUUCUUACAGAAGCAGAAGCCAGUACAGUCAGUGAAUGGUUACUACCAGCUGACUGGUGUAGUCUCUCAUUUGGGAGGCUCCGCAAACUCCGGGCACUACAUUAGUGACAUAUUGCAUGCCAGUGGGAACUGGUUCUGCUGUAACGACAGCCAGGUGUCAAUGUCCAAUGAAGCCACUGUGCUGAGGACCAGAGCCCGGAGUGCCUACAUGCUCUUCUAUAUGUUCAGGGCAAUAGAGCGGGAGGCCCCAGCACACAGGGCCUAACAGGGCCACCAGCAUCAGCCCCAGCCUAAACAGGGGCAGCACCUGGACCAGCCUCCAAACACUCAGACCUGUCUCAACAGGGGUAGUACCAGGCCCAGCCUCAAAACCCCCAGCCCAGCCUCAACAGGGGUAGUACCAGGCCCAGUCUCAAAACCCCCAGCCCAGCCUCAACCCUCACACACCUGCCUCGAAAGGGGUAGCAUUUGGCCCAACAUCAACAACCCCGAGCCCAGCCACAACAGGGGCAGCACUGGGCCCAACAUCAACACACCCAGCCCAGCCUCAACAUGGGGAGAACCAGGCCCAGCCUCAACAUGGGCAGAACAAGACCCAGCCCCAACACCCU